UGAUCGCUCUAGGAAUGUGUGACAGUGAAGAUGGCGGUACAGUGGAGUCACUGUGGAAGAUGGAUUACAGCCGCUAAGAGUUCAACUUUACUAGAAACAAUAUGUGGUUUGAAUAGAAGAUCAAAUACGUUUGCUGUCAAUUCGCUCCUUGGAACGGGGACAGUCGCUGGCUGGGGAAAUCCGGGGCUGUUCUCAAGGCAUGUACACACAACCUCACUAGGUAGCUCACUUUUUACAAGGUACAGAACAAAGUUGCUUUACCAGACACCUAAACUGUGCUCUUGCAAAAGGACACACAGCGAUGCCAAGUUGAUAGACCCCUUCUCAAUGGCCCAAAAUGACUUGAAUCAUUUGUAUGAUGACAUCAAAAAGGAGCUUUUCGUGUCCAAAUCGGAGCUCAAGUCUUUAUGUGAUUACUACUUUGACGGGCAGGGCAAGGCCUUUCGACCCAUGAUAGUGGUGCUCAUGGCCCGGGCGUGCAACAUCCACAGCAACCGAGACCGAGAUCUUCUCCCUGGACAGCGGGCCAUAGCUAUGAUCUCUGAAAUGAUUCACACUGCCAGUCUGGUCCACGAUGAUGUCAUCGACGGGUCGGACAAGCGGAGGGGCAAGACAACUAUCAAUGAAGUGUGGGGUGAGCGAAAGGCCAUUUUAGCUGGAGAUUUCAUUUUGUCUGCGGCCUCCAUGGCACUGGCCCGUAUCGGCAACAACACAGUGGUGUCAGUCCUUUCCCAGGUCAUCGAGGAUCUGGUGCGAGGUGAGUUCAUGCAACUGGGCUCCAAGGAAAACGAGAACGAGAGAUUCAAACACUACCUCGAGAAGACCUUUAAGAAAACUGCGAGUCUCAUCGCAAACAGUUGUAAAGCAGUAUGUACGUUCUAUAUCGACACCAAUAACCCAAGGCUUCAGGGAAGUCUUUUGGCCGGACAGAAAAGGUUUGUGCUGACUGUCGGUUUGUAUCCAUUCAAGGUAUCCAUUCUGGUGAACUCGGAUCCAGAGGUUCAUGAAAUAGCUUAUCAGUAUGGGCGGAACGUAGGCAUCGCGUUUCAGCUGGUAGAUGAUGUGUUGGAUUUCACUGCCUGUGCCAACCAGCUAGGAAAGCCUUCAGCUACCGACCUCAAGUUGGGCUUAGCCACUGGCCCGGUUCUGUUUGCCUGCCAACAGUUUCCUGAGCUGCAUGCUAUGAUCAUGAGGAGGUUCAGCUCCAGUGGAGAUGUGGAUCGAGCCUGGCAGUACGUCCUGGAGAGCGACGGUGUGGAUCAGACCAACUAUCUGGCCCGGCGCUACUGCCAGGAAGCCAUCCGGCAAAUCGGCUUGCUGCGGCCCUCCCCGGAACGCGACGCCCUCGUCCGGCUCACUGAGAUGGUCCUCACCCGCAACAAGUGAGCCCCCCCCAACCCGCCCCCCCGUUUCCAGGCUUCACUUCAGGCAGCUACCAGGUCCUGUGGAAGGAACCCCGCGGGGGGGGGGGUCUGGGACGCGGAGAGGGGCUUAUGGGUGACUGAUCAGCAGUGAUGUCACACAGGGAUGUCACACAGUGGAAGCAGGUUUCUUUGUGGCCACGUCGAAGGUGGAAGUAAAACAGAGCGUAUAUCCAGGCUCUCCGGGGCAGACUAAUGCGACGCACUGCCUAUGUCUUCUUACACAAAGGGGUUCACAGAACUACGAAUUACGUCUUUGACAACAACCUGGUUGCCGCCGCUAACCUGAUGUCAGAAAGCGAUCGAUCAGGGCCUGAAUGAGGAUUGGACUUAAGCUUCUAUGCAGAGACCUAUCAGGGUCACUGUUGAAAAUGGCAGCUAUACCUCGUUCGGGCUUCACACAGUGCUGUGACUUCCCAUACUCUGCCCCAGAGUACAGCCUGUCGUCAGUGGAUGUUAUUCAAUGUUUGGGGUGGGAUGGGCGCCGCGUGGUCACUGUAAUUCCACCACGACUCAAAAGCUGAAUCAUUGUUAAACGUGUGGGUUGGAACUCAAUUAAGACAUUGCUGGAAGGUCACGACCCACGUUUCCCCACAAGUUAACUGUUUUUUGCCAGUCAGAUGGGUUUAUGUGCAUAGAACUGGAAUGACGACAGUAGACCGGUGACUUCAAUGGGUACUACUGUUCUGGGCAUUAUUUUUCCGUGCAGGUAAUCCUACCUGGUGUAAAAAAAAAAGAAAAAAAAGUGGGAUUUGGGGAGAAUGUUAUGCUGUCUUUUUUGUGUAUCAAGACCUUAGAAACAGCCAAGGCCUUAACGUCUACAAUCACCAUGUACUCCGAUUAAAAACUAUCUUUUUAAGAAAA